AUGCCAACUCAAGGACCUCUAGCUACACUUCCUGCAGAACUUCUUGUGCUCAUUGUGAUGCAAGUUGUUGCACUAAAUACACAAAGGCCAAGGGUUUUGAAGCAAAGAUCGGUAGAGUACCUUGAGACUCAAGAACAAUGGCCACAACCUUUUGAAGAGUCUCAGCUUUUGCAUGUCCUUAAUUAUAAUCAUCUUAAAUCUUUAAGCGAAACUUGUCAAUCUCUUCGUCAAAUUAUACACUCUUUGAUUUUUGAAAAGCUUGUAAUCGAGCCCAAUGAUAACCCCAAUCAACCAAGACCUGCUGUUCUUUCUAAUGUAAUAUACAAGGAAAAUGGAUUUUAUUUUGAACCAAUAGGUACGCCCCAAAUCCAGCUUCACCUUUGCACCUAUGAAACCAUAGACGCUAUGCAUUUUGAUCCGAGUUUUCUUAGGUAUUUAAAAUUUUUGACAGUCUACACAGGUCGAUCAUGUGCUUCAAGAUUCAGUUCAUUUACAAAUGUUGUACCUAAUCUCCGGGAAGUUAUUUUUGUUACCAAAAGUAACAGUACUCAAGCUGGUUCUCUUAUGCGUCCAGCCAACUUGAAUCUAAAAGGCCAAGAGCCAAAUAUUAAACGAAUCCAUGUUCGCAGUAAAGCAGCAUUAGAUCCACCGUUAAUAGAACAAAUGGGCCCGGUUAUUGAAAAGCUUUCAAGUCUUGUGGCUGCACAUUUUUACGAUUCAAAUGAGGAUGUCACGGAAAUCUUUGACAAUUUGGAGAAAUUGCAACCACAUAUUUACAAUCACCCUUCACUGGUAGCUCUUACUUUGCCGGUUCACAUUUCUUCAAUGCCAGUGUCAUUUGGUAAUAUGGUUGAUUUUAUACGAACUAUGUGCCGGCCAAGCCGAAUUCAGCACAAAAGUUCUGAUUUCAAGCUUUCAAACUUUGUUUUGCGCUUGGGGGAAUUUCAUGCACACCUCAAUCCACCUAGCCCUAAUCAAUUUUUUAGAAACGGGCCACAAAGUUUAAAUUUUCAAUUUCUACAAGAGCAUGUCUACGUAUCACCAUAUGAUAUUUUUGGAAGUGUGCUGGAUCUUCCAGAGUUAAGCUGUAUUGAGAUUGCAAAAAAAGACACCAAUAGUAGAAACAAGUCUAAGAUAAAUCCUCUUGAUAUGGUUCACAUACUCACAGUUAACCAUAGUGUUUUAAGAACUCAAAACAGUUUGUAA